CACCAUUUGAAAAAUACGAGGGUUUGCAUUUCCCCGCCCUUAAAGAUAAAAGAAAACUGAAAAAUGAGGGAAAACGAACUUGGCAGUUUUGUUUUCUGUCUCACUCUCACUCACAUACUAACGCCCAGCUCUCUCCGACUAAAACCCUCGCUUUGCCCGGACGAAGAAGAAGAAGUAGAAGAAACCGGAAAUGGAAGACGACGAUCAGCAGAAGACCCUGGAUCUAGUCAAGGAGCUGGUUCAUCGUCUCCUCUCCCACAAUCCCACUGCACCAAACAACGCCGCCCAAAACCCUAACCCCACCGAUCUCAACAACUCCUUUCGAUACGCCGUCCGCAUUCUGUCCAGCAAGCUCACACCUUCCAUUGCCCCUGAUGCCGACGCCAUCGCCGAGUCAAUCAAGCGCCGCCUCGCCACUCAGGGUAAGUCCUCCAAAGCACUCUCCUUCGCCGAUCUCUACAACAAGUUCGCCUCCAAGACUGGGGCCGGCAGCAUCAACAACAAGUGGGCGGUUCUUUAUUUGCUCAAAAUUGUAUCCGAGGACAGGAAAGUCUCCCAGGCCUCGCAGAAUUCCGCCCUUCUUUUGCCCAAUUUGACUCUAGAUGACCGUGAAAUUGGCGGAGAUUCACGCAAUUCGAGGAGAGGGGAUAAGGGUUGGGAGAAUGGAGUUUUGGUGGUGGCCAAAGACCCUGAAAAUUUGCGUGAGAUUGCGUUUAGGGAGUUUGUGGAUUUGAUCAAGGAGGAGAAUGAGGUUUCCGAGGAGGUUCUGGUGAGGGAUGUUUUGUAUGCUUGCCAAGGGAUUGACGGCAAGUAUGUGAAAUUUGAUGCAGAUCUCGAUGGUUAUGUGUUGCCAGAGAAUUUCAAAGUCCCCAGGUCUACUAGAACUAUGGUAAGGAAGCUCUGUGAGUUAGGGUGGUUAUUCAGAAAAGUUAGAGGGUACAUCACUGACAGUUUGGAUUCGUUUCCUACCGCAGAAGUAGGAACAGUAGGCCAAGCAUUAUGUGCUGCGUUGCAAGAUGAACUCUCUGAGUACUACAAGUUGUUAGCUGUGCUCGAGACACAGGCAAUGAAUCCUAUUCCACUGGUUUCCAGGUCAGCUACUUCGGGGAAUUAUCUAUCUUUGAGGAGGUUAUCAGUGUGGUUUGUGGAGCCGAUGGUGAAAAUGAGGUUAAUGGCUGUUCUGGUUGAUACGUGCAAAGUCUUGAAAGGUGGUGCCAUGGCUGGUUCUAUACAUUUGCAUGCUCAGCAUGGUGAUCCUCUUGUCCACGAAUUCAUGAAAAGCUUGCUCCGAAGGGUAUGUUCUCCCCUUUUCGAAAUGGUUAGGCGAUGGGUUUUGGAAGGAGAACUGGAAGAUAUUUUUUCGGAGUUCUUUAUUGUGAGUGAGACAAAGGAACUAGAAUCUAAUGUGAGCCAAAAGGCGAAAGAGUCUCUUUGGAGGGAAGGUUACAGGCUUCAUUCCAUGAUGCUUCCUUCUUUUAUUUCUCAGCCCCUAGCUCAGAGGAUUUUGAGGACUGGGAAAUCUAUAAACUUUCUGCGUGUGUGCUGCGAUGAUCGGGGAUGGGCUGAUGCUGCCACAGAGGCUGCCGCUGCAGCAGGGACAAGUACUAGAAGGGGAAGUCUUGGAUAUGGGGAAACUGAUGCACUUGAAAAUCUGGUGGCUGAAGCAGCAAAGAGAAUUGAUAAACAUCUGUUGGACGUUAUGUACUCAAGGUAUAAGUUCAAAGAACACUGUCUUGCAAUCAAGCGUUAUUUACUGCUUGGCCAAGGUGACUUUGUUCAAUAUCUAAUGGAUAGUAUAGGAGAAGAGCUUUCUGAACCUGCUAAUACCAUCAGUUCAUUUAAGUUGGCUGGCUUUUUGGAAAGUGCAAUCCGAUCAUCUAAUGCUCAAUAUGAUGACAGAGACAUUUUAGAUAGGGUGAGGGUGAACAUGAUGGUUCAAAGCACUGGCGACAGGGGAUGGGAUGUAUUUUCGCUGGAAUAUGAUGCUAGUGUUCCAUUGAACACGGUGUUCACUGAAUCUGUCAUGGCAGAGUAUCGAAGAAUUUUUAAUUUCCUCUGGAAGCUGAGGCGAGUUGAGCAUGCACUUAUUGGUGCUUGGAAAACAAUGAAACCAAACUGCAUUACCUCCAAUUCCUUUGUUAAGCUGCAGGGUGCAGUUAAAUCACAGUUACUUGUGACAUUGAGGCAGUGCCAGGUAUUGUGGAAUGAGAUGAACCAUUUUGUCACAAACUUACAGUAUUACAUUAUGUUUGAGGUACUGGAGGUAUCAUGGUCAAAUUUUUCAGACGAGAUGGAAUCUGCAAAGGAUCUCGAUGAUCUUCUUGCAGCUCAUGAGAAGUACCUUAAUUCAAUUGUAGAGAAAUCUCUUCUUGGCGAACGGUCUCGGCCCCUUUACAAGUCACUAUUUGUUUUAUUUGACCUCAUAUUACGUUAUAGAGGUCAGGUCGAUCGAUUGUACGAAGGCAUCUAUGAGCUGCAAGCAAGAAAUGCUGUGUCUUUACCUUCCAAAGACAAGAGAAAGUCAUCAAAACAGACUGCGAAAAAAACAUCCGAGCCUCCUGGGUCAUGGAUCGGUGAAGGAAGGAAGGCCCUAACACAACGUGCCGGAGAGUUUCUUCAGAAUAUGGGGAAAGAGUUGGGCGCCAUCGCAAAAGAAUAUACAUCACUACUGGAAGUUUUCUUAUCCGAGUUGCCUGUCCAGCAGCACAUUGAUUUGAAAUUCCUUCUUUUCCGGCUUGACUUUACUGAGUUUUAUAGCCAACUGCAUCCCACUAAAUGAUGUUAAGUUGCUGGCACUUUAGAGUUCCCACUACAACCAUAGUUACCGGAAAGAAAUGGCCAGCGCUUUCCUAUAUGGCUGAUUGCUCAAACCCAUACCGCUGAAGAAGUUUGCUGUUUCUCUCGCUGACAACAAGUGGGCCUUUUUUAUCUAGAUGGUGUGUUCAACUUUGUGAGGAUUUUUAUGAAAAUUUGGGAUUGUGGAAGAAGGUAUUUUGUGCCUUUAAAAAUGAUUUGUUGUUAGAAGUAGUGGUAACUGGUUCAGUGUGAUGCUUCAACCUUGUAGAAAAAAACUGGUUCUGUGUGAUGGUUUGAGGGGUGAUUACCUUCCUAUUUUGGGAUGCAGUAGCCUUGUUGUCUUGUGUUCUAUAGGCUUGCAGUUACCAAAUGAUAGCAGUAUGGUGGUAUACUGUUUUGGCUUUCACUUCCACUAUUUCACUUUCCAACUUUAUAAUUCUACAAUUGUGUUUCGAUAUCAGAUCUGUGAAGAUUACCUGGCUCUUGCUGUUUGUUUGGAAGAUUGCAUGCUCUGCUGGCAAAAAAGCAGUGGCCUCCAAGGGUAGUUCAAAACUUGAAUUAGAUGCAGAGUAAAAGAAUUCGCCUCUGAGAUUUGGAUUGUGCACUUGAUGCUUGAUUGGUGGAUGCUUGUCAUGCUGGUGAAUGAGCUGAUGUCACAGUCAGUUCUUUGUUGUACUACUGGUCAACUAUAGUAAAUGGCACUUCCAGAUUCCAGUUUUUAUUUGUAGUCAAGUAACCAUGGUGUAAUUUUGGUUUCAGUUUGCUUAUGUAAAUGCAAUAUGAACAUUGCAAUUCUUUUGUGUCCGAGUUCUCUCUAGUGAACACGACGCCAGGUUGGAGUAUGGGAUAACUGUGAUUCAAUAGGAUUGCUUCCAUUUUAUCAAUUCACAAUAACUGUAUGACACUACAUGUAAUGAACUGGUAUCAUCUAACUUGAACUUGAAAACACAAUGAUUUGACAGCAAUUACUGGAAGGGCAUCGAAUUCAUCCACCUAAGGUAUGUUUCCUCCCAGUAAAUGGCUGAAACUGCUUAUUCUCCGCUUCAGCUACUGUAACCACAGGUCUAACUUGCACUCUCUUUGGCUCUGCCUCAACACUCUGCAUCUCUUCAUCAACAGCCACUGCCGUCUCAUUCAGCCUCCUCGCUACUCCGGUGAACGGUAUGAAACAGCGGGGACCACCCACUCCCUCUUCCCUAAGCUCCUGCGGCGCUGGGGCUGGCGCCGGCUCUUUGUAAUCCAAUGGAACAGCGAAGUCCACGGCGCAAUCCGUAUCAAUAAUGCAGAUGGCAUCAUCAGGCUUGGUCUCUACAAUGUCGAUGUAGAACUUCUUGCUGCCCAGGUCGAUAGCAAUGGUGUCUCCGGUGGUCAGGCAGGAGAACUUGGCGCUGAGAGUCUGUUCCAGCACCGUUUUCACGUCCCUUAUGGCCAAGAAGGCGGCGGAAUGCGGCUGAAGCUUGGCGAAGGUGCCCUUCUGGAGAAUGGUGCUCUUGAGGAGCAGAGUCUCCCCUGCCUCCACCUUCAGAUUCUCCAUCAUCCACCCCGGCACCAUCACCGUCCCUUCCUCGGCGGUGAAUUCCACCACCCCGCAGUGAGAAACCCGCUCCUUCAAGCCGUUCCUGAUCUCGAACAGCAUCGGGUAACCUUGUUGGGUUCUAUGCAGAACCUCCAGGGCCGAUUCCGGCAUUAUGAUCAGGUUCCCCUGUUCUAGAUGCUCCCUGCUGUUCCCGCUUAUCGGGCGACAAGUGUAGAAUCGCUGGAAAGGAUAGCGGCUUUCAUAGUCUUCGGAGUAGUCGCUGUUGUCGUCGUCGGAGCUGUGCUCCUCGUCUCUUACAGCAGGGACAGUGCGAUCGCUGUCGACACCAGACCCUUCGGCAUCCUCACCUGAGCUUUGCUCCUCCUCUCCUAGGGCUGGGACGGUGUUAUCGUCGGAGCUUUCUUCCUCAUCUGUUUCGGAAGAGACGGUGUAAUCACUGUCCGCGUCUGAGCUAUCGGAAUCCUGGUCGUCGCUCUGCUCGUCGUCUGUUAUGGUCUCUGCCCCGCUCUCCUUCUCUUCUUCUUGGGUUUCGUCUUUGACGAUGGCUCCAUUGGUAUUUACUGGAACAUAGGCGGCGGCUUCUGCCGUCUCCGGCAGGAUAACCACUGGGUUUGGGGAGCUCUGAUCAUCAGUGGCAUGAUUGGCUUCCAUGGCGGCGACGAGGAUGAGAGAAAUCUGAGGAAGAAGGAAUCG